UUGCGCAGCCAUCACGCUAGGCUGCAUCCGUUUCCUUCAACCUGCACCGACUACACACACACACACACAUUCAUACACACACACAUUCAUACACACACACACACACACACACAUUGACACACACACACACUGAGCGGCCCUCAAUGGACCGAAUGAUCUGGAUUUCAGCGCUUUAACGUUUUUACCGAAUUAGAAGAGAAGGCAUUCAGGUCGUGCACGCGCUCUGGAGCGGGUUUAACCUGAUGAUUGGUGAAGACUGCAUGAAGAGAGAGAGAGAAAGAGAGAGAGAGAGAGAGAGCUGCAAGACAUUACUGGAAGUAUGAGACAGAAGUAGUGUUUUAAACACACACACAGGUACAUGCACAUUGUGUUAAAACUACUCCAAAAUUAUCACCCAGGGGAUUGAGAGCACCAUCAUCUGGGCCUCCACACAUCUGGAACACAUCUGCAUUUACAUUUUAUUUAUUUCUUUAUUUAUUCAAUAAUUUAUACCUGAGUGUGAGGUCAUGCGGCGGGUCACGGCACCAGGGCUGAUCCGGUUGGUGGUGACGGUGAUGUCCAUACUGGCGGACCGGUACCGGGCGGAGGGGGACGUGGUCAGCCUGGCCGAGCAUGUGAUCUGGGCGGUCAACGCUGGAGGAGAAGCUCACAUCGACUCGCAUGGCAUUCAUUACAGAAAAGACCCCCUGGAGGGCAAAGUGGGGAAAGCGUCAGAUUAUGGGAUGCGGUUGCCGAUCCUGCGCUCGAGUCCGGAGGAUCAGGUUCUGUAUCAGACGGAGCGCUAUAAUGAGGACACGUUCGGGUACGAGGUUCCCAUGAGGGACGAGGGAGAGUACAUCCUGGUGUUGAAGUUCGCCGAGGUGUAUUUCGCCCAAUCACAGCAGAAAGUGUUUGAUGUGAGGGUUAAUGGUCAUGUUGUGGUGAAGGAUUUAGAUAUAUUUGACCGUGUUGGUCACAGCACAGCUCAUGAUGAGAUCAUACCAUUUACUAUAAAGCGGGGGAAACUCAGUAUUCUGGGGGAAGUGUCCACCUUCAACAACAAGCUGACCAUUGAGUUUAUUAAGGGUUACUACGACAAUCCGAAGGUGUGUGCUCUGUAUGUGAUGAAGGGGAAACCUGAAGAUGUGCCAAAGCUGCAGCCUCACCCUGGCCUGGAGAAACCCGAUGAAGAUGAAGAAGAGGAAGAGGACUCUGAAGGGGGUGAUGAUACGGUGAAGAAGGUCAUGUCCCAGUCUCUGAAAAAACAGGUCCGGUCUGGCCCAAGAACGCCGAAUCCGUACGCGGCCGAUAACAGCAGCCUAAUGUUCCCUAUCCUAGUGGCCUUCGGAGUGUUCAUACCUACACUGUUCUGCCUCUGCCGCCUGUGAGGGAGAGAGUGGGGGGAGAGAGGGAGAGAGAGAGAGAGAGAGAGAGAGAGAGAGGGAAGGGGGUGGACUGAUAUGCCUGGUCCAACAGGAAGUGACGGGGUGGGACGUUGCGUCAUACUGCAUUGUGAUUGGAGGAGAAAGACAAGCCAGUGAGAUUUGGGUUUAAAGGAACGGUCCAGCACGGCGUUCCCUUUCACCCGAGACAUGUCCGGUUUCAUGUGAGGUUUUCUGCUUUAGUUUUACACUGGAGCUACCACGCUAAGACGUACUGUGUGCUUAUGGACAGCAGUUUAGCACGGUGCAGCAGAAGUGAGCGCGUGUGUUAAACAGCCUGAAUGUGAAGGGAAUAACUUUAUCAUUUACACAUGCAGCUGUCGCGCACUAUGCUAAUCUGGUAGCCCUACGCUUCCAUUACCUGUUAGCUCCAUCAGCCUCCAGUGCAAAAGUAUUGGAGCUCCAGCGUAUUACUCGUCAGCUAUGCAAUCGUUAAACCAGCGGGAAACGUGCAGCAUCAAGGGUUUUAUCACCACAUUGUGAUCAUGACAGAGCUGUGAACUUUACACAACUCUCCCUUUAGCCCACAUUUUAUUACUUUGCUUAUUUUAUUUGGUUUUUCAAUGUAUAAAAAUUCAGCUACAGAAUCCCUGACGUUCCUUAGUGGACAUGUAGUGCACUACAUAGUGUACAGAAGAUAAACCCUAUGUAGUGUACAUGUACAGGGAUAACAGAGGUGAGCUCCAGCUUAAUGCUUCGUACCCUGUCUGGUGCACGUAUACAGGGAUCGAGAACUGUGUCCAAAUUGAGCUGUAUUAGCUAUAUAGGGCACUACAUAGGGUGUAGUGUAUUUAUACUUGAAGUCUGUGUAAAGUAUUUAUUAAUAUGUAGUGCACUAGAUAGGGUAAAGAUUGUAAAUGAUUCUGCAGUGCACUAUAUUUACAGUCCCUGUUUAAAUGCACUACAUAGGGCUUUGUAAGGGGUUAUAUUCCCUUGGUAGUGCACUAUGUGUGCAGUGAGGAGCUAUUUAGGAUCUAGCCUCCUGUUCCUUAUAUUAGUACACUACCUAAAGGCUUUAGUCCACUAUGUAGUGCAUUAUGUGUCCAGUACAGAUCAGUUUGGAUUCAUACAUAGUCCAUUAUCUCUCUCUCUCUCUCUCUCUCUCUCUCUCUCUCUUGCACACACACAUACACACACACACCCCUGCUGGUGAAGUGACAGGCUCCACCUUCUUGUUUUCGGUUCAUUUUAGUUGUGUGGGUAGUUGAAUGUUGCUGGACCGUCCACCAUAUUAAAGACGCAGUUCUGAUAAAAUGCCAAUGCUGCUAACCGUGUCACUGGAAGUCAGUAGCCACCAGUUUUACAUACACACUUGUGCUAAUUGGUGGCUGCCUGCUUCCAAUUAUUGCUGGGUGCUUUAACAUGUUUUUUUUCCUCCAUUUCUUUCCUGCUUUUUGUGGCCUGAGGCUUUUUGGUUUGUUUGUUUGUUUUUUUGCUCUUGAUCAGACAUCUGCUUUUCUCUCUGCUUGUUUUUUUUUUUUUUUUUUUGGUUUGGACAUCAGAAAGGAAUCACAUAAAGCACCUUUUCUCAUUUCAGAAGCGAUAAUCAGCACCAAAGUGAACUUGUACGCUGUGUUUGUGUGUGUGUAAGUGUGUCUCAGUGUGUGUGUGUGUUUGUGGUACGAAGUCACACUGAUUAGCGUGUGCCAUACGGUUGAUGAAUAAUAUUGUGCUUGUUGUUGUUGUGUUUGAUUGAUUUUAUGGUUUUUAUUAUUUUGCUGUUUUCUUUGUUGAGGUGAAACCUCACUGCUGUCGGUACAGAGAGGAGGGGCUGUAUGCAGACUGCAGGCUGGUGGGUGGGUGUGGCUUGGGUGGGGUUAUGUGGGUGGGGUUUUAACUCAUAUAUAUAAACCCAUAUAUCAGCUCACUGGUUGAGUAAUUAGAAUUGUAAUAGUAGUUUCUAUAUGUACGUGGACUCAGACAGACCCAUAGUUACCAAUACUGAGACACAGACAUGAACACAAUUCCAUAUAUGGACCCCAGAUUUCCAUAUAUGGAAGAGGACACACCCACAUUUCCAUAUAUGGACCAGGACACGCCCUCUCAGGCCUGUUAUGAAACAGGGGCUCCUUCAGAAUGGGGUUUUUCUUUUUUCUGUACAUUUCAGAAUUGGAUGAUUUGAUUGAGGUUUUUUUGUUGUGUUUUUAGAUUUUAGUCUCUUCUUUCUCCUCAGGAUUUCUGAUUUGAUUUUUAUUCUACUUUGAUGGGUUUUAUUGGUGUUUUUUUUUUCUUUGCACUGCCUGCUGUUUUUAUUUUUAAAGCUUGUUUUUCUUGCUUGUCAUCUGUUGCCAUAUUGAAUUGACGCCUUUGUUAUUGAUGCCUGGAAAUUUAAUUUUUAAAUUUGAUUUUUUUAUAAUACACUAUUCAGUGAUUUACCAUCUUGUGAGUCAUGAUCUGUUUCUUUUGCACGGUUCUUUUAACAUUUCUUCAGUUACAAAACACACAGCCAUCGACACGGCCAAAGACGCUGCUGCCUUCACGCUGAUGUUAGCUGGUUAGCCAGUUAGCUUAUUACUGUGUGUGUGUGUGUGUGUGUGUGUGUGUGUGUGUGUGUAGGGGUAAAAUGUUGAGUGUGUAUUGGACUAGCACUCCUCUGUUGGACCCCCAUCCGUCCGUCCCUCUCUCGGCCUGUUCAGGACCCUCGGGCUUUUAGGGAAACGAAACGCACAAACUGCGGACUGUGUGCUGUUUCUUUUUAAUAAAUGUGCUAUUUUAUCUACAA